AUGGCGGGGGCCCGCGGGGAUGCGCCCGGGGGGCUGCGGUUCAUGACCAGUCGCUGGCCAGACAGCUUCACAGGUUACCACCAACGACAUUCUACUCCUCCCACGACAACAUGCCAUCAGGAGCCGACGAGUAAGUGCCCAAGCCUGUCCGUCCCAGGCACGAUCGCCGGCGCUCCGCAGGAUCGGCUGACGAUCCUCUCCUUCCUCGGGGGCAUGAUGAUUGACAGCACGCUAGCCAAAGCGGAGCGCAAGCUGACCUCCUCGAGUUCGUCCUUCUUCGGCUUCGGCGGCUCGUCGACAUCGAAGAUCGAGGAGGCCCGCGAGCUCUACAUCUCCGCGGCCAACCAGUUCAAGGUCGAGAAGAAGUGGAAGGACUCGGGCGAUGCGUUCUGCAAGGCCGCCGAAUGCAGCCUCAAGCUCGGCGAGAAGGACGACGCCGGGAACGACUUCUGGUCGGCCGCGAAAUCCUACAACAAGUCCACCCCCGAACUCGGCAUUGCGUGUCUUCGUCGGACCGUCGAGAUCUUGAUCGAGAAGGGCCGCUUCCGACAGGCCGCGGACCGCCAAAAGGACAUCGGCAGGAUCUUCCAGCAGGAUGCGGGCGACUUGCAAGGCGCCCUGGAUGCCUUUCUGCAGGCCGCGGAAUGGUAUGCCCAGGAAGACGCCCAUGCGACGGCCAAUGGAUGCUACAAAGACGCCGCUGAUCUCGCCGCCCAGUUGGAGCAGUACCCCGUCGCGAUCGAGAACUUCGAGAUCGUCGCCCAGAACUCGCUCUCAAGCCCACUGACCCGCUACAACGUCAAGGAAUACUUCUUCAAAGCCGGGCUGUGUCACCUGUGCACAGGUGAUGUCGUGAGCACGAAGCGGGCGAUCGAGAAGUAUGCCGAGCUGGAUCCCAGCUUCGUCCAGCAACGGGAGUACAAGUUCCUGCUGGCAAUCGUCGAUGCUUACGAUGCGGGAAACCAGGAAGAAUUCACCAACCAGGUGGCCGAGUUCGACUCGAUGAUGAAGCUCGACAGCUGGAAGACCGCCAUCUUGCUGAAUAUCAAGCGCGGCAUCCAGGAGGAACCCGGCUUGCUCUGA